CGGAAGUUGGAGGAGGAACACAGGCGUGAGAGAGCCUGGCGAUGGCUUGGAGGACAAACCUUGCUUGCCUCAUCAAGGCCGGAGGGAGGAAGAGAUGGUUUCCAGUCCCAGAGUACACAUGCCUGCCUCCAGUCCUAAAUAAUAUCUGUGCUUGGAGAAAAUCCACUGCACCUGAGAAACUUAUGGCCAGUGUUGCUGCUUGUGGUACAAAUGAAGAGGAACCUGGGAAUGCCCUGGAUAGUCUCUUCUCGCCAGAACAGCAGGCUUCUAUCUUACAUGUGUUGAAUACAGCUUCUGAUAAAGAACUAGAAGUUUUCAGACUGCUCCGAGGCAGAAAAUCCGUCAAUAUUGUAGAACACAGAAAGAGGUUUGGGCCGUUUCAGAAUCUGGAGAGUCUGAUAGACGUGCCCUUGAUCAAGUAUAAAACUGCUGUGGAAGUCUGUAACUCCAUUCUGUGUCCAGAGAACAGACGGAGAAAAAAGUCACAGGAAAAGCGGCUGCUGAGAAAGUUCAUCAAACCAGGUGUAGAGAGUGAGAGACUUAAGGCAGUUAAUAGUAUCGUAUCUAUUGUUUUUGGUACUCGAAGAAUUGCAUGGGCUCACCUUGACCGGAAACUGACAGUGCUGGACUGGCAGCAGGCGGAGUGCUGGAAAUUAACUAACAAAAUAUGCCCAAUGUCCUUUUAUCUGGAAGAGAUUUCUUCAGUCAUUUCAAAGAUGCCUAAAGCAGAUCUCUACAUUUUGGAAAAAUCAGGACUUUCCAUUCAGAACACAUCUCUCCUUCCUAUACUGCUACACUUUCUUAUCACAGAAGCCAUGCUGUAUGCCUUACUCAACAAAACUUUUGCUGAGGAUGGCCAGCAUCGGGUGCUGAGCAUAAAUCGAAAUGCUGUGGGUAAGCACUUUGACCUGAUGAUUGGAGACACGAGGACUAGUGGGAGGGAGCUGGUGAAGCAGUUCCUCUUGGAGUCUGUGCUGAAGGAGCAGCCUCGGGUGUUCUUCCCACAGGACCUUGUAGUACAAUACAGACAGAAGAUUGUGAAGAGCUCAUACCGGAUUGAAGAGUUGUAUGAUUCAUUAUUACAAGCUGUUGCUUUUUAUGAGUUAGUUUUUGGCAAAGGCUCAGAGCUCAAAUGUUAAUCCACUCAUUCUACUGUUAACUAAUUUAUUACAGCAACUGUUCCCAACUUCCAUGUUAGUGGAAAACGUUUUGAAUGUAUCUUCCAUGUUUAUAAAAUCAGGUUUUUGGCUUGAAAAAAAAAACCAACAAGCCAAGUCCAAAUCAAUAAAUAUUUUGUGAGAU